CCAGGGAGCCAGAGGAGCCACGUGGUACCUGAGAAUUGUAUUCCCAGCAGAGGAAAAGGCGGUGUAAAGGCCCUGAGGCUCAGGAAGGUGCCACACUGACCACCAGCUGGGCACCUUGGUACGUCCUCUUCCCCGGGAAGUCACGGUGGGUGGGGCACGUGGGGUGUCCAGGCCAAGACGGGGCUGAGAGGUUAGGCUCUCUCCUUGCCUUCUCUGCCUCCCCUGAAAACCAGCAAACAGAUCCUCUGUCACCUGCACUGUGCAGUCACCCGCGAGACCAGCGGGGCAUGGGGCAGCUGGGCAGCCCCCCAUGCCAGCCUCUGGACCAGCUCUUUCACCUUGAAACUGGGAGCCACUGACCCCAUCCCUCUUAGCUGUCUGCAUCCAGCACCAGCCCCAUUUUCUUUUCCUCAUUUGACAGAGUUGGGGAGUGGUGGAUAAAAUGAUGUAAAAGCAACCACUGUCCACAAGAGACUAAUGGGUGUGGAGCCGAUAGCAGGGUGGGCCCCCCACCCGCCAGCCUCCCCCGGAGGGCUCGUGAGUGCCAACAGCUCGGCUGCGCCGAAUCCUUGCUGCCCUACACCUCACGGCGGGGAGGGGUCCGGCUAGCCAUCUGCCCUCACCCCCUGGGCCGUGGGCCCCUCCGGCUCAGCUGACCCUCACAUCCCAGAAACUGCACUGUGGGGCAGGAGUGAGGCGGCCGGGCUGAGAGCUCCACAGGCGGCACCCGGAUGGUGCCCAGGACGGCGGUGAUGCCCGGGGCGGGGCAGCGCGUCCUCCUGGUGGGUUGACCCUGAGGGGAGGCUCUCUUUCUGGGGGCUUAGUAGGUCUUGGCUGUCUCCGCCGCUGGGUCUUUGGAAGAGGCAGCGUUGGUGGGCUUCGAGGGGAAGCUUUCCCGACCCCUGGAGAGACCAGAAGCCUCUGCCCCCCCAUUCACACAUCCUCCAAAGAGCCCCGGACCUCCCCCUGCCCCGCGGUCCUUAGCCUCAGCUAAGGAGCCCGGCUGUCUUCCUGCUUCUCCCCCUCUCACCCCAUAACUUGUCUGAACAUUCAGGACCUCCGGCCCUGCGGAGAGGGGUGUGCUAGAUCCUUGUGGGGUUCUCCCGUGGGUGCCCGUGAACGAGGAUGGUUGUUGCCCACAGAGGGUGGUCUUGAGAGGCCGUACUUUGGGGUGGGGGCUGCCUUGUUCUCUGGGAUUCCUUAUGCCCGGGAUGGGCCCGGCCCCCUCUGCCCCAUGCUGACCUCUCCUGGUGCCUGGCCCAAGGACCCUCCCUACCUGUCCCAGAGGCCUGGGGGCCCUGGGCUCUCUUGUCUUGGGGAGUCCUUGGAAACACCCCUUCCCCCCACUUAGGCCAGGCUCUUGGGAUUCAAAAUAGCAGUCGGCCUGACUAAUGAUCGAUCAUUUUCAUCAAGGUGUCCUAUUUAGUAUUCAUCACCCACAGCACAUGGGGAGGCACAAGGUGGUCCCACCAUUCCGUUCCUCCUGGGACACCCCCAUCCCCGGCCUCCUGACUCAGGUAACUUUCCCCUCCUUCCUCGUUCCCAGGCCUUGAGUGGGUUGGGUUUUAAAGUUUUUUCCCUGCAGCUGCAAAUCAGAAAACCAGGUCAUAAAAGAACCUUGGGUGAGUGAGUGGGAUGGCCCCAGGGCCCCCGCUGGGGAACAGAAGCUUCCUCCUCGCCCCUCCCUCCCAGGUCCCUGCGGGAGCUACAGCAGCUCCGGCCCACGCUGGGCCCACUUCCCUGACCGGGGCCUGACCCUGGGGGCUAGAGAGGCCGUGGGCCCAGUGAGUUGUCUCUGAGGCUGCCCAGGGUACAGCAGGCAGCCAGGGGCCGCCACUGCCCACUAGUAGAUUCCCUACAGUUGGGUGAGGCCCGACCCGGCUUCUGGGGCCACGCAGGUUGCAGAGGGGACCUGGGCACCCCCCUUUCCUUAUCGUGCUCCAAGGGGCCUUCCUCUAAGCUGGGAAUUCUUGGCGAGGGCCGUCCAUGCCGCUGCGGCAUCCAUCACGAGGAACUGCCCUGUGGGUGGCUCACACUCAGGUCCUCGCCCCUCUGAGCCUCCCCUUUCUCUGUAAAAGGGCAGAACAGUCAAAGCAGUGAGUGUGCAGACACGGGGUGGGCAGGCACCGCGGGCAAGGCUGCCCCUGCCCCCCACCCCAGCGGGUCCCGCAGUGCCUGUGCGGGGACCGCAGAGCCGUGCUCUUUGCCUGAAAACACGGCUGAGCCCUGGUUGCCCGGCUGCCGAAGGCCUUCGGGGGCUGAUGGCCUCGUGCCUGGGGCCUGAGGGUGUCUGCGGGGCUCGUCACGCCCCCUUUCACGGCGUGGGGAGCAGGGAGACCCGUCGCUGAGCUAGAGGAGUCCCGGGGCACGGGGUGGGCCCUGCGGCCUGGCCCAGCUUUGCGCUGUUUCUGCCUGGACCAGGGGCCUGGGCAGGCCGGCUCGCAGGAGUCGCCACAGAAGCCACUGGCGGAUCUGGAGCUCAGGACUGACUUCCUCCUCCCUUCCUUCUUUCCUCUUUUUCCUUCUUCCUUCUCUCCCAGUUUGGCUAGAACCUGAGAUGUGGCUUUGACCAAGUGUCUGGGGGGAGGGGGAGGGGGAGGCGGGUCUGGACCAGGAGUCGUCCUGUGAAGGUAUGUUACUGGGUGCCCUCCCCUGACCCCCACCCCUUCUCCGCAGAACAGAGGCCAGACCCCCAGCCUGCACCCCUCCGCUGCCAUCUCUCCUCCCGGGUUCAGAGGUCGCCAUCUCUCUGCCCAGCGAACCUCUUUCCGCCCCCUCCUGAUGCCGCCCACCCCAGCUCUCAGCCUGCCUCUCUCCCGCCUGUCCUUUUCUAGUGCUCUUGAAAACUCAUAAUCAUAAUAAUUAAUAACAACAGAGCCUGUGGCAGGCCUGAGGCAGCUCUUAAAGAGGACGAGCCCCAUUUUCUCCUGGCAGAGCUGGCGGGGGCCGGGGACCUGGUGGCUCUGAGAGGUGGCCUUUGUUCCUGCACCCCUCCCCUCCCUGGGCCUGGGGUUGGAGGUGGUGCUGGGGAGGCAGUUUUGCCUGCCUUCUCCACCAGCCACUGGGCUUCGCGUAUUUUAAUUGAACUGUCUUGUCUUAGAGAUAGAUGCUUUCACCGCGUCCAGCUGCUCCUGUGCGUUGGAAAACCCGCUGUAAUACGGCUCUGCGAAAUUAAAAGACGCAGCAGCUGGACUGAUUAAACAGGGAAGGGGACACUGGCCAGAGCACUCUUUUAAAAUAACGUUUCUGGUAACGCAUUUGUAGAGAAUGCGAAAAAAUAUUAAAAAAAAAAAAAAAGCUGUAGAAAUGUUAACGAUAUCCACAAGACGCUCAGCGGGAAAUGAGAGCGAUCUGGGUAGUAAAAGCCGAAAUGUAAUUUGUGCGGAUAUACGACGCGCAGCCUUCAGAGUGGGCCUCGGUUUGCGAAUUCCGGGCUCAUGAGCGAGGCCAGGGAGGGCAGAGCACGGGGACUGCAGAGGACACCCUGAGCAGAGGCCGCCACCUGCCAGCUCAGGCCUGGGCCAGAGGGAGUGCCCGUGUGCACUGCCCAAGGGCAGAAGGAGCCUCCUCCCGGCACCCCCCCCUCCCGGAGCCCCGUGGGGGAGGUGCGGGGCUGCCCACCUGGCAGGGAGCCGCCCUGGAACCAAGGCUGGGUCACAGCAGGCACCUCCUGUCGUGUUUGAUUGCAGCUGCCAGGAUGGACUAAACUGGGUCAGAAGGGGGUCUCCUCCGUGUCGGGGCGCCUGUGAUGAGCCAGGGAGAGUACAUGGCAUGGGGCUGUGACCCGUCCUGUGGGCAGGGGCCGAGCCCUCUCCAGGGUCAUGGGUUUCAGUCCCUGAGUCCGAGCAGCCGACUGCCAAGGACAGGGAGGUUGGCCUGGGCUGUGCUGACAGGGCUCCUGGGGUCGCCCGGCCACCCCAGGCUUGACCCCUCCCUGGUCAGCACCCCGCCCCACCCCCCGGCCACCGCAUGAGGAGAGCAUGGAGGUGGGAUCUGGGUGAAGAAGGGGUGAGCUGCACCUCUUGGGGGAGCCCCUCCCUCCACGUGUGCCUGUCCCCCACCCCGUUCUCUGUGCUCCCCCCGCAGAGCCCUGGAGGCUCGUAGCCCAUGGCGAGCCACCCCUCCCUCUUUGGGGUUGGGAACGGGCACUGCGAGGUUCCCUGUGCCCUCCUGGGGGCCUGGGCUGUGCAGGCGAGCAUGGUGUGCGUAAACACCGUGCCCAGGGACGCAGGCUAUCGCCAGCCCUCGCCAUCAGGACUCCUGAGCCUGGGGCAUCCUUACUCCUUCCUCCCUCCUCCGAGGGUCUUGGGUGGCGGCAGGACCACCAUUAGCCUGGACGCUGCAGCUGGCCUGUGACGUGAAUCCAGUUGUUCUGCCCUGAAGGCCCCCCCACCCCCACUCCAGGGUCACUUCCUGACCCCCCGGGGGGAUCCUGCUUUGGGGCAGGUCGGACCCUGUGCGCGCCAGCCCCUAAAAUCAUAAACAGAUGGGCUCUCGGCCUGGCCCUGACCCCGUGCAGGCCCCGCCCACCCAGGAGGCCCAGGGCUGCCUCUCACGUGGAGGUGCCUCUCACGUGGAGGUGCCUCUCACGUGGAGGGACCGCAGCCCUGGGCCGCGUAAUCUGUUUACGUACCUACGGUAUGAAAAACAGGAGGCAGGUGCCGCCGUCCUGCGUUCCUGGGAGUCGAGGAGGGGACAUUUUAUGCCUGCAGUGGCUCGGCAGCCCCAAUCAGCGUCUGCUGGAAGGAACAGACAGAUUCCAGAUGGCAUGGCAGUGAUGGAGGAGAUAACCAGCCCGAGUCAUGCAGUCUUUUCGAGAAAGGUGUGGUUUCCAUGGCAAACAACAGACCUACCAGCAGACCUCACAGGAGACAUCGCGCCUGGAGAAUUACCGGCAGCAGCCGAGUCAGGCUGGGCUGAGCUGCGACCGGCAGCGUAUGCUGACCAAGGACUAUUACGGCCCACAGCCCUUCCCCAGCUACGAGGGCGGCGCCGGCACGCCCGCCACGGCGGCGCGCGCCAGCAAAGGCCUGUCCUCUCCGCAGGCCCCGCAGGGGAGGCCGUCCUUCGCGGGCUACGCCGUCCAGGACGGCAGCCCCUACCCCGGCCGCUACUCGGGGGAGGAGGGCCUGCAGGCCUGGGGGGCGCCGCAGCCACCACCCCCGCAGCCGCAACCCCUGCCAGGGGCGGUGGGCAAAUAUGACGAGAACCUGAUGAAAAAGACAGCAGCGCCCCCCGCCCGGCAGUACCCAGAGCAGGGCGCCCAGCUGCCCUUUCGGACUCACACCCUCCACGUCCCGCAGCAGCCCCCGCAGCCCCUGGCUUACCCCAAGCUCCAAAGGCAGAAGCCCCAGAACGACCUCGCCUCGCCCCUGCCCUUCCCCCCGGGCAGCCACUUCCCCCAGCAGUCCCAGUCCUUCCCCGUCUCCUCCACCUACUCCUCCACCGGCCAGGGCGGCGGGCAGGGGGCCCACUCCUACAAGAGCUGCACGGCCCCGUCCACCCAGCCCCACGACAGGCCGCUGACCGCCAACGCCGGCCUGGCCCCAGGCCAGCGGGUCCCGAGCCUUCACGCCUACCAGCCUGGGCGCCUCAGCUACGAGCCACAGAAGCAGCAGCAGCAGCAAGCCCUCCAGAGCCGCCACCACGCCCAGGAAACCCUCCACUACCAGAACCUCACCAAGUACCAACACUACGGGCAGCAAGGCCCAGGCUACUGCCAGCCGGACGCGGCCGUCAGGACCCCGGAGCAGUACUACCAGACCUUCAGCCCCGGCUCCAGCCACUCGCCCGCUCGCUCCGUGGGCCGCUCCCCUUCCUACAGCUCCACCCCGUCGCCGCUGAUGCCCAACCUGGAGAGCUUUCCCUACAACCAGCAGCCACUGGGCCCUGGAGCCUUCCCCGCCAGUCUCGCGGACCACAGCCACUUCCUGCCCCUGCUCAACCCCUCCCCGACGGACGCCGCGGGCUCCGUGGAUGCCCAGGCCGCCAACUGCAAGGCCCUGCAGAAGGACAAGCUUCCCGAGAGCCUGCUGUCAGACCUGAGCCUGCACAGCCUCACGGCGCUGACCUCGCAGGUGGAGAACAUCUCCACCACCGUACAGCAGUUGCUGCUCUCCAAGGCGGCCCUGCCCCAGAAGAAGGGCGCCAAGAGCCUGGCGGCCCGGACCCCGGAGCAGCACAAGAGCCGGCACUGCAGCCCCGAGGGCAGCGGCUACUCAGCCGAGCCGGCAGGCACGCCGCUGUCGGAGCCGCUGAGCAGCACGCCACAGUCCACGCACGCCGAGCCGCCCGAGGCCGACUACCUGAGCGGCUCCGAGGACCCGCUGGAGCGCAGCUUCCUCUACUGCAGCCAGGCCCGCGGCAGCCCCGCCAGGGUCCACGGCAGCUCCAAGGCCAAGCCCGAGUCCGUGUCCACCUGCUCCGUGACUUCACCCGACGACAUGUCCACCAAGUCCGAUGACUCCUUCCAGAGCCUGCACGGCAGCCUGCCGCUCGACAGCUUCUCCAAGCUCGUGGCUGGCGAGCGGGACUGCCCGCGCCUGCUGCUCAGCGCCCUGGCGCAGGAGGACCUGGCCUCCGAGAUCCUGGGGCUGCAGGAGGCCAUCAGCGAGAAGGCCGACAAGGUCUGGGCCGAGGCGCCCGGCCUGGCCAAGGACACCGGCAAGCCGCCCUUCUCGCUGGAGAACCACAGCGCCUGCUUGGACCCCGUGGCCAAGGGUGCGUGGCCGCGGCCGGGGGAGCAGGACGCCCUGCCCGAGGCCCUGCAGCUGGAGAAGGGCGGCGGCACCAAGGACUUCGGCCCGGGGCUGUUCGAAGAUCCCUCCGUGGGCUUCGCCACCCCUGACCCCAAGAAGACAACUGGUCCCCUCUCCUUUGGUGCCAAGCCCACGCUGGGGGCCGCCGCCUCGGACCCCGCCACGGCGGCUUUCGACUGCUUCCCAGACACGACUGCCGCCAGCUCAGCGGACGGCGCCAACCCCUUCGCCUGGCCCGAGGAGAACCUGGGGGACGCCUGUCCCCGGUGGGGACUGCACCCCGGCGAGCUCGCCAAGGGCCUGGAGCAGGGCGGGAAGGCCGCCGACAGCGUCGGCCAGGAGGACGCCCGCGAGGCUUCGGCCUGCCUGGGCUUCCAGGAGGAGCAGCCCUCGGGGGAGAAGGCCGUGGUGCCCCGGGACUCCCAGCAGGAGGAGGGGGGCGGGGUGAAGGAGGAGGCGGGUGGGCUGCUGCAGUGUCCCGAGGUGGGCAAGGCCGACCGGUGGCUGGAGGACAGCCGGCACUGCUGCUCCGCCGCUGACUUUGGAGACCUCCCGCUGCUGCCGCCCGCCGGCAGGAAGGGGGACUUGGAGGCGGAAGAGUACUCGUCUCUGUGCGAGCUCCUGGGCAGCCCCGAGCAGAGGCCGGGCCUGCAGGACCCGCUGUCGCCCAAGGCCCCGCUGCUGUGUGGCAAGGAGGAGGUGGAGGAGGUGCUGGACCCCAAGGCCGGCUGGGGCUCCCCGUGUGCCCUGUCUGGCGAGUCCGUCAUCUUGCUGGGCCCCACCGUGGGCACCGAGUCCAAGGUGCAGAGCUGGUUCGAGUCCUCCCUCUCCCACAUGAAGCCAGGGGAAGAGGGGCCCGAGGGGACGCUGGCCCCAGGGGAUUCUACCGCCCUGGCCCCGGAAGCCUCCCUGACCCAGAAGCCGAACAAGCCCGCUGUGCCCGAGGCGCCCAUCGCCAAGAAGGAGCCUGUGCCUCGUGGCAAAAGCUUACGGAGCCGGCGGGUGCACCGGGGGCUGCCCGAGGCCGAGGAUUCCCCGUGCAGGGCCCCGGCGCUGCCCAAAGACCUGCUGCUCCCUGAAUCGUGCACGGGGCCCCCCCAGGGACAGAUGGAAGGCGCGGGGGCCCCAGGCCGGGGGACCUCGGAAGGGCUCCCCAGGAUGUGCACCCGCUCCUUCACGGCCCUGAGUGAGCCCCGCACACCCGGACCCCCGGGCCUGCCCACCACCCCUGCCCCCCCAGACAAGCUGGGGGGUAAGCAGCGAGCUGCCUUCAAGUCGGGCAAGCGGGUGGGGAAGCCCUCCCCCAAAGCCGCAUCCAGCCCCAGCAACCCGGCCGCCCUGCCCGUGGCCUCCGACAGCAGCCCCAUGGGCUCCAAGACCAAGGAGACAGACUCGCCGGAUGCACCAGGCAAAGACCAGCGCUCCAUGAUCCUCCGGUCCUGCACCAGGACCCAGGAGGCCUUCCACUGCAAGCGGCGACGGGCCUCGGAGAGCCGGCUCCCCAACUGCCGCGCCGCCAAGAAGCUCCUCGCCAACAACCACCUGCCCGCCACGUUCAAGGUCGCCGGUAGCCCCCAGAAGGAGGGCAGGGCGGGCCAACGGGCAAGGGUCCCCAAGCCUGGUACAGGCGGCAAGCUCUCCGAUCGGCCCCUCCACACCCUCAAGAGGAAGUCGGCCUUCAUGGCACCUGUCCCCACCAAGAAGCGCAACCUGGUCUUACGCAGCGGCAGCACCAGCGGGGACACGAAGGAGGAGGGGGCCGAGGGCCCUCCUACGCUCUUCAAGAGGAUGACGUCUCCCAAGAAGGCCAAGCCCGCCAAGGGCAACAGUGAGCCCACGGCAAAGCCGCCGCCCCCGGAGACCCCUGACGCCAGCCUGAAGCUGGCCUCACGGGCGUCCAUCCAGGGGGCCAUGAAGACCAAGGUGCUGCCCCCCCGGAAAGGCCGGGGCCUGAAGUUGGAGGCCAUCGUGCAGAAGAUCACCUCACCCAGCCUGAAAAAGUUCGCGUGCAGAGCACCAGGGGCCCCUCCCGGGAAUCCUCUGAGCCCAUCCCUCCCCGAGAAGGACCGCGGGCUCAAGAGCGCAGGGGGCAGCCCGCUGGGGGCAGAAGAAGGUCUCUUAAACGUGAGCACUGGGCAGAAGUUCCCAGCAGCCUUGGGGGCCGAUCCGUUAUGCAGAAAUCCGACCAACAGAUCCUUAAAAGGCAAACUCGUGAACAAUAAGAAACUGUCCUCGACCGACGGUUUCAAAACUGAGGCCUUCACAUCCCCAGAGGCCCUACUGCCCGGGGGUACUGCCCUGGCACCUAAGAAGAGAAGCCGGAAAGGCAGGGCUGGAGUCCUCGGACUCCCCAAAGGCUCCCUGGAGAAGAGACCUCAUCUCGGUCCAGCUCUGCUCCUGACGGCCAGCAGCACGCAGGGGGGUAGCGAGGACAGCUCUGGCGGAGGAGGCAAGAAGCCAAAGAUGGAGGAGCUGGGGCUGGCCUCCCAGCCCCCUGAGGGCCGGCCCUGCCAGCCGCAGGUGAGGGCACAGAAGCAGCCUGGCCACGCCAACUACAGCAGCUAUUCCAAGCGGAAGCGCCUGACGCGGGGCCGGGCCAAGAACGCCGCCACCUCACCCUGUAAGGGGCGUGCCAAGCGGCGGCGACAGCAGCAGGUGCUGCCCCUGGAUCCCGCGGAGCCUGAAAUCCGCCUCAAAUACAUUUCCUCCUGCAAGCGGCUGCGAGCAGACAGCCGCACCCCCGCCUUCUCGCCCUUCGUGCGGGUGGAGAAGCGGGAUGCGUUCACCACCGUAUGUACUGUAGUCAACUCCCCCGGAGACGAGCCCAAGCCCCACAGGAAGCCUUCCUCCUCUUCAUCCUCUUGCUCCUUCUCCUUGGACGCGGCCGGGGCCUCCCUAGCCACGCUCCCUGGAGGCUCCAUCCUGCAGCCUCGGCCCUCCCUGCCCCUCUCCUCCACCAUGCAUCUGGGGCCCGUGGUCUCCAAGGCCCUGAGUACCUCUUGCCUUGUUUGCUGCCUCUGCCAAAACCCAGCCAACUUCAAGGACCUCGGGGACCUCUGUGGGCCCUACUACCCUGGACACUGCCUCCCCAAAAAGAAGCCAAAACUCAAGGAGAAGGUGCGGCCAGAGAGCACCUGCGAGGAGGCCUCGCUGCCUCUUGAGAGGACACUCAAAGGCCUCGAGUGCCCAGCUGCCGCUGCCGCCGCCACCGCCACCACCACCACCACCGGGAAGCCCCCCAGGCCUGACGGCCCAGCCGAUCCAGCCAAGCAGGGCUCUCUGCGCACCAGCGCCCGGGGCCUGUCCCGGCGGCUGCAGAGUUGCUACUGCUGUGACGGUCGGGGGGAAGGUGGUGAAGAGACAGCCCCAGCUGACAGGAGCCGCAAGCACGAGUGCAGCAAGGAGCCGCCGGCAGAGCCUGGCGGGGACGCACAGGAGCACUGGGUGCACGAGGCCUGCGCCGUGUGGACGGGCGGGGUCUACCUGGUGGCCGGGAAGCUCUUUGGGCUGCAGGAGGCCAUGAAGGUGGCCAUGGACAUGACUUGUUCCAGCUGCCAAGAAGCCGGGGCCACCAUCGGAUGCUGCCACAAAGGAUGCAUCCACACCUACCAUUACCCAUGUGCCAGCGAUGCGGGUUGCAUAUUCAUCGAAGAGAACUUUUCUUUGCAAUGCCCCAAACAUAAGGUGGGUGACCGCGAGCCUCCCCUGGAGGGGCCCAGGCUGGAGAGGAGCCCCGGCGCGGGAACGCCGGCUCCGGGCGGACCAGGCGGGGGCGGAUCAGCACGGGUGGGCCCCGGGCCACUUAUACAGCCCGCACGUGCGGGAGGCGGGGCCAGCCCAGGGCGGGGCGGGGCGCGGGGACUGGCCUACGGGCGGGUCUGGAGGAGUUGACUGCUCGGCAGGUGCCCCGCAGU